CCCAGGGUUUCCCAUCAUAAGUACGUAUUUGAGGAGAUUAAAGUGAAGCCAGUGUGCACUAUUUGCUUUUAGAAAUGCAUUUUAAUCAUGCAAUAAAAAAAUGUUACUAUAAUGAAACUUUCAGUUCUUAAACCAAAGCUUUUAUCCUUUUUGUCAGCAUGCUGCAAAAAUAGAUUUAAAAUUGCAGUUCAGUGGCACUAUUAUUCUCAUAGAAUUUGUUUGAAGCGUGCAUUGUACUGCAGAGUUUUUAUUAAACUGUUUUUCUGACAUUGCAAUGCAGAUUGCAUACCACGCAGUUUUUCUGCUGUAAAUAUUUGUUUUAAUUUGAUGCUGGUUUUGUUUUGGUUCACGUCGUUUUCAUCCAUAGAUACAGAAACAUACUGGGGAUGGACUUCCCAAAAUGUGGAGCUGGAGGAAGCGAAAAGGAAGUUGGUUGUAGAGCACUACGGUACUGCCAGAUUAUUUCUUCAUUAGCGAUGUCAAGCAAAUGCACUGUUGUGUAAUGUUAGCAAUUCACCUGAAGUGUAAUGCUGAUAGCGUGCCUCCAGUUUCGCCCCUCUCUGCAGCCUGUUAAGAUGAAAAGCCUGGCUGUUGUUCAGUGGUGGGUUGCUUCUAUGGAGGAGGCCUGGGAUUGGGAUGGUUUCAGCACGAUUUAUUCUGAGGCCUGUUUUGUCUUUUUUUAUAAAGGCUUUAUUGAAGUUUACUAAAUAAAAAUAAGACUUUUCCCUAACUCAUGAUUUACUUUCAAUUAAGUAGAAGGAAGGUAACCAACGAGGAGCUUAACUUGCUACUGUUCAUGAAGAAUCCAGCUAUGUCAUCAGAUUUUCUAAAAUGAAUUUGGGGGCAAUUAUUAAAAUGUCUGUAUGUCUAUUUCUAGUGACAUUAGAAAACUACUAAUUGGUUAGCCACUCUAGUUUUGGAUUGUGUCUUAAGGUCUUCCUAAAAUUGUAACUAGUUCUUCCAUGCCUUGGUAUGAAGGCUUUCUUUUCUGUGUAUCUUAGUCCUUAAUAGCAUUCAUGUGACAGUUUUGUUUUAAUGCUUUCUUUUGUGCUUUUCAGGAAGGAGUGAGUUCAUAGCCUUUUCCACUGUGGUUUAGAGAUACUAACAUUGCUAUCCAUGACAUUUGGACUUUGUGCUGCAGUUACAAUUUUAUGUGCAUCAGCUGAAGCUUUCUGCCUCUGAUUGCUUUGCUCUUGGCAAGUGUGAAGUUAGAUGUCACAAGCCUGAAUGUUAGAUGAACAGCUGUCUAGCUAUGUUUAAGGGGUGGAUGGGUCUGAUUUUUUUAUCUUAAUUUUUGGCCAGCUUUGCACGCUAGAGUUGCUAAAGGAAUAACAGAUGGUGAUAGCUAUUUCAGUAACAAAUACCAGAAUAUCAUUUCCAUUUCAAGUUUAAUAGAAUUUUGGAGACACUAAAUGUUCAGGAAGGGACUUCUACUGAAGUCACCUUUUAGAAAUGUCUUUACCAUUACAAUCAGAUCACAGUUCCAAGGAGUUCAAGAUGGAAAUGUGAAAACUUUGAUCAGACGCAUCUGAACACGGUAUCACUGUGACUCUGCUUAAGGUGAGUUUGAUGCCUUUGCCUUUACAUUGUUUGUGUACAUUAAAGAAUGAUAUGAUUCUAGGAUUAGUGAGAUUUCUUUUAGAUUCCAUAGUAGAAUUUUGCUGCUCCUUACCUGAUUUUACUUUUGGUCUUUCUUAGUUCGCCUUUAAACUUGUAACUUAGUUAAAAGCUCAUUAAUAGGUUUGCAUGAUCACAUUUAUGAGGGUAAUUAGUUGUAAGUUUUCUUUCCUUGAGUUAAUGUACACGUAAAUGCUGUAACAACCUAUUAACGUGUAGUUUUAAUUUUCAAAAGUUUUAAAAUGAAAAGUAGACUUCAAGUUUUAUACAUAUUGGAAGGUACAUAUACACAAGUUCAUUUUAAAGAGUUGAGAUUAUACUCAUGUACCAUGGUAACAACAAAAGCACUGAAUGAAGUAUUUUGGAUGACUGAAAUCUUUUUAUUCACGUAUCAUAAGCAGCUAGCAUGGUACCUGGUAGGUGGUAUGUAUACAGUCAUGUAGCCUGUUAAGAUGUGUGGUUUGGGUGGUGAGCUUGCACAGAGGGUUUCUUGUCAAAAGCAACAGAAAAUGGGACUCCUUGUGAGCAGUCUGUUGCCUGUCCAAGACUGUCUAGAACCUUCCCAGCUUGUUCUGCAGCUCCUUGACUCUUAUUUAUCACAGUGGUUAAAGGUGAGGUGGGCUCUGAGCAUUAGCUUCCAGUUCUUAGAAACAAUUCAGGGUUAGGAGGAGGAUUUGCCAGCCCAGAGCUAGGCUCGAAGUAGCAUGUGAGGUGUUGUUUUUUCUGUAUGAAAGUUUUCUGUUAGUGAUUCUGGUGUCUCAGUAAAUGAGAUAAUCAGUGUGAUCAGUCUGAAACACGUGUUUAAGCUCCUUUUCUGGGAUGUGAAAAGGAAGAGCAAGGGAGAGAUGAGGUUUUAACAAGGAACUGACAAAUAAUAUAUAAAAAAAAACUGAGAACACUGUUCCAAAUGGUAGGAUAUAACUUGUUGUUUUCAAGUCACCGAUUCUGCAUUUAAAGCCUUUUGUUAGCUGCAGUAAGAAUUGUGCUAUAAAAGUGCAGUGUAGAUGUGGUCUUAUCCAGGACAGUUAUGCUGUCUGUCCAAGUGGGCUGUUAGCAUUAUUGUUCCUUGGUUGGUCGGUUUGCUUUUUUAACCUUUAUUUUAAUCUUGGUUAUUUAUGAAUUUCAUUAGGUUGGUAUCUAAAGCCUCAGCUGUGAUCACUUUGUAUUUAUGCUAUGAAAGACACAGCUCUGGGUCUUGCUUCAAGUAGCCUGCCAUUGUAUUUACAUCUAACAAAUUCCUCAAACUUUGAAAUGAAGCCAAGUUUUUAACGGACAGCAUUUUACUAAAAUGUCAAGAGAAAAAAAGGAAUAGAGAGAAUAGUGAGGUCUCAGCUGUGCUGGAAACAUAUCUGUUGAAAAAGGCUGCAACCUUUGCUUUCUGCUGUAACAAAUACAAAACUUGAUUCAGCAUGCUAAGCUCUUCAGAGCAAAGCAGUGGCUGUGGCUCCUUUGCCUGCAUUUCCAAAUGCACGCCUCUGAUGCCUGCCAUCCCUCUGCUGGAGGAGCUGAUACCCGCACACCACAGGCUAAAUGCUGAAGAGGACACCUGGCAUCACAGCGGGUGAGUGUGAACAUGGAGAUACGUCUAAGUUUGCCCAGGUGAGCUUCUAUGAGUCCAGAGAGAGAAAUCCUGUCUCCUGGCCACUCGUUCAUCAGCACCCAGUGCGGUGUGGUCUCUGCUCAUGUCUGCUGCUGGCCUUGCGAGGGCUUCUCUUGAAUCACCUUCAGCCGUGCUGAAUGUAAGCUCCUUACAUAACUCGCCAGAUCCGAUGUGUCUGUGCAUUGCUGAGGCUGCCUGUUCCCCCUCUGCCACAGGAGGAAGCACAGGAAACUCCUUUUUGUUUGAUCUCUUGUGCACUUUGAAAGCCUGGCACUGCCUUGCUGAAGGCUGAGCCUUGAGUUGCUGUGUCCCACUGACAGGAGGAGCUGUGGCCCUGCCGGCCUUCCCCUUCCUGCUCUGGAUAUGGCUCCAUUUUUGUCCUGUUUUCUGCUUGGAUUCUGAUUUGCUGUGUGUGAUGAGCUAGUAGAGAUCCUCUCUACUAGCUCGUUAAAAAGGAGAAUUAAGGACUACUUGGGAGAGAAGUUCCCUUUUGUAAGUGCAGUAGGUCAGCCUGCUUUCCUCCUCUGGCCGCUGUGGUUUUACUUUCCUCAGAAAUAAUGAAUUUGGGGGCACAGCACUUGGGGCAGGAGGCAGACUGCACAGCUUAUAGUGCUCAGGUAGGGCCCUACUUCUGCUUUUUGUCUUGGUGCUGCUGUCGAUAACUGUCAUUGGCCUCAGUGUAGGAAGAAAUUGAAAUUGGCAGGAAAAAAAAAAAAUCUCUUAAAAGCUAAUGAGCCCAAGACAGUGCCUGGAUUUAAUGAGGCCUGCUCCUGAGAUGCUGAAGUAAUUCAGUCGCCCUCCUGGAAGUUAAUUACCUACAGUGUGCAGUGCCUGAAACCUUGCCAUGUUGCUUCGUUACGGAAGUUACAAUGAACUUAAUAAAUCCUGUGGUGCGUCAUCAGUCCUUGGGUGUCAGCUGGAGUGAAGGGCUCAGCACCUCAGAGGGCUGGGAGCAAUCAAAGAGCUCAUUAGGGAAAGGAGUUACAGUUCUGCUGUGUCCUUGCACCAUAGGACUUGAAACAUAUCACAGACUGAUGCUCACACAAUACAGUACUUGCUGGCUGUUCGCAUUGGGCAUCUAUUUAUGCUGGGCCUACUGAUGCUUGUGCUGGCGGUCAGUACGUCUCUCACAUGCUUUUACCAGGUCAGCUCUCCACAGCACGCUGUACCCUGUACCGUGCUGCCUGUCGCUGCCAUGUGCGGAUGGUGUUCCGGGCCGUUCUGUGAGUGCAGGCUGAUUUUUCACAUAGGGCUGAGCUGCUGUUUUCCUAAUCUCUUACAGCAAUCUUUCUUGGCAUGCUGGGUAGGUCACAGUGAAUGAUGUGCUUUUCCGCUUGGCAGCCAGACUGGAAAGCUGGGGGAAGGGGAAGCAGAGAGAAAGGCAGGAGCUGCUCACAUUCAGGGCUAGUUCAGACUUCAGCCUGUGAAGGAGAGAUUGCCAGUGCCCUUCUGCGGUCUCUGUGGGCCCACCUGGAAACCAGAUUGGCUCCCACCAGCUGUGCUGGGAGCUGGAGUGGGACUUGCUGUCUGCAGCAUCCCUGAGCUGCCCUCAUCCCAGCUCACAGCCCUCACUCUGUGGCUGCCCUGUGAGCAUUCAUAUUACAGGCGCUGCCAUUUUCCCCCUGCACUGCUGCUGCCCUGCAGAACAGCCAGGGCGAUGUGAUGUGAGCAGGGAAAUGGGGGUGAAAGAGCAGUGCAGGUCUGGUGAUUGAUGGGACUGCAUUGGGCACACAGUGCUAGGAAAUGCCUGGGGAAGCAAGCAGCUCACCCUGCAGCAGAUUGGGAUCCCACCACGUGAGCACAGAGGUAGAGCUGGUGAUGUCCAUCCCAUCAUUCCUGCUCUCCAUAGUUUCCUGCCCUGUCACCUCGCAGUGUCCCCACGAGGUACCCGCAGGGCUGGUGCCACUUGGCCACACAGGUGUCCCUGCCUGCACUGCCAUGGACAGUGAUCACCUUGCUGCCCACUCCCAGCUCAGUCCUGACGAGCUCUGACAUUUGGUUUUCCUUGCACAAGCAGAAUUGCUAUUUUUUUCACCCGCAGGAAGGCAGACGACUGCCUGCCUCUUUGUAUUCUUCGCUGCAGCAAAGAGUUGAUGAAUCACUUCCUUUUUCUAUAUUUUAGUAAUACUCUGUGUUGUUCAGUGCUCAUUUACAGCAUUUAAUGUAUUGAACACUCAUAGCCCUCGCUCUUCCUGUGAUUGUCCAGCGGUUGGAUAUUUUUGUCUCUGUCCCAACAGUUACUACUUGUUGGAAGUGCUGCAGGUAGCUUUGUCUGUGUCAGUACAAGCUGAACUUUUAAGUUCUUACUGUACUUUGGUCUUAUGGCUGUAUUUCUAUAACUGAGUGCGAUCUUUAAAUAACAGAAAUGUGAAGCACAGAUCCUUGUACCAUUAGACCCUGGAGAUUUUCUUCAGGUACACAUAAAGCUAGGGCUGUAUGUAAUUUCCAAAAAAAGGGGGGGGGCUGAGGGGAAAAGUCCAAGUUCAGCAUUCUAAAUAGCAGACCCUUCCACACACUGGGAUUUCUGCACAGCAAGUUGCUGCCCCACGAGGUGCACAGCCCUGAGCCUGGGAUUCUCCUGCAGUGCCUGGAGCCAAUUCAUAUGGGCCUUCAUUGUUAUCUCUCCCGUUCACACGGGUUUUUUUUCCCUUUGUUAGUCUGCUUUCCUUCCUUGUUUUUAAAUAAUAGCUUAUCUGUGUGCCCCAGAAGGGUGUGACUCGGGGAGAUCAGCAAGCUGAAGUGCAGGAACACACGCUGAGGUUUUCACACAGGCAAGAAUCAGGAGAUGUAUGCCUGUGGGAGAGUGACUGCUCUCCUGCUUCAGCCCUCCACCACCCUGCUCCAGGUGGGACAGAGCCACUGCAGCACAGCAGUGCUUCAACACCUCGGCUGUGUGCACCCGGUGACCAGAUCUGGGUCAUGCUGCUGGGUCAGAUUUGCAUCUGCAUCUGAGCUCUGAUGUGACGUGAGCAAACUGGGGCUGGUCCCGUCGCGCCAUGGCACACUUUCCAGCCUCAUGCACUUGUGUGCAAUCCUGUCACCUCACUGGGUUGUUGCAAAGCUUCUGAGUGAUCGUGUUCUUUCUCUGCCUCAGUGCAGUGCCUGCAUUGCUGCCACUCCAAACACUGCAGGAGGAAACUCCUGUUUUUGCUUUGGUUUUGUUUGUUGAAGAGAAGCUUUGCGAUGGGUGACAGAGCAGAGCCUCUGAUGACUGUGCAUCUUCUCGCCAACUCAGGAUACUCGGCGUUUCUGCAGCAAGCUCUGGAUCGGCUCAUGGAGUGGAUCUGCCCAGAUGUUCGGCUUUUCUUUGUGUCUGAGCGAGUUGCUCCACUGAAAUACUAUGAGAGGUACCAAAGGAGAAACUGCAGCUUUCCUGGGAUAUCUGUCUUCCUUUUUCUGCAGGAGGACCUGGGAGAAGAGCGGAUUCUCCAGGUCCAGGAUCUCCUCCAGCACCCACCCUGGCACUACCAGCGUGUCCCGACCUGGGCACGAAGUCAUCCCCACACACCAGCUCCCCAGGACUUCUAUGGCCUGGAUGACCAGAUGCCUGUGUGGGGCAUCCGGCGGGUGGGCUGCAGCCCCGAAAUCCUGCGUGUGACCCUCUACUGCAGCUUUGAUAACUAUGAUGAUGCAGUAGGGCUGUACGAGAUGAUCCUACGGAAAGAAGCAACCAUCCGGAAAAGCAAUUUCUGUGUCUUCGUGCUAUAUGCCACUAAAACUAUUGCUGUCCAGCUCUGCCUGAAGCAGCUGCCCAUUGGGAUGGCUGCUGAGCCUAAGGAGUCAUCACUUUUGCAGUUCAAGGUGCAAGAAAUGGGGCAGCUGGUGCCUCUCCUGCCCAAUCCAUGCAUUCCUAUCAGCAGGACCAGGUGGCAAACACAAGACUAUGAAGGAAAUAAAAUUCUGCUUCAGGUGCAGAACAGCUCCAAACAGAAUGAAACAAACACUGGGCUUCCCAACCGGCGCAGUGCUGUCGGUGUUGAAGGACUGCCGCGCAGCCCCAGCACAGCUCCUCUCCCCAUUGCUCUGCGCAGCGCUGAGCAGGGAGGCCAGCAGGCCUGGGCCUCGAGGGGCAGAGUGACAUCCAUGCCAGGCCAGGCCCUCCUCGGCUCUUCCUGGGGUGCUGCAGUGCCCUCCCACCACAUGCUCACAAGCAGGCAGCAGGAGGGCUGGCCGUGCCGGCCAGCAGCAGAAACCAAUGUGGACACGGGGCUGGCUGUGGGCAGAACUGUGGGCUGUCUCUGCUCGCUGCAGCACGGCCUUCUGCAGCCAUGGGUGCUGGGCACGGCCUGCACUGCCCCGCACUGUGCGCAGCUGCCAUCUUCUGUGGCCAACAGGAGGAAAGGAACGAGGCACGGGGCUCUGGGCUCCCACGUGCAAACAUGGAGAGCCAGCCCUGGAACCAGGCCCGAGGAGGAAGAGGAGGAGUUCUUCAUAUGACUGGAAACAAGUGCGAGGCAGGCUCCUCAUUUCUCAGUCAUACUGACAUGACUUUUUCUGGAAGCACAGUGGCCGGGCUGUGUUAGGCUGCGCGCAGGGCCAUGGAAACCUGUACUGGGUCUGAAAGAACAGAAGAUGAAAGGCUGCGGGCUCAGAGGGACUGCUGAAGGGCAAGCAGGGCAGGAGAAAUGGAGCCAUGCAGGAGCAAGGACGCUGAAAUGAUAUGUGCUGCUGCUUGUGCGGUGCAUGCAGUGUGUGACUUUCUGCUUAUUUCACUGGACACGCAAACUUAUACCCACUUUUCCUAUAAUCUAUAAAGGCAGUGCCAG